GUUUGAAUCUGGGGUCGAUUCCAGCGAUGUUCGAUUGCUUUGGACUGCAAACAAGAUGGCCGUUGACUGUCAACCGUAAUAAUUCUCAGACAGUUGUUAUUUUCUGAUAUUAGCUAAUAUUUAAAAGUUCCUGGCAGAAAUGGGGUUAUCGCAGAGUUCAGAAGUAUCCGAAGGAGGAACCUAUGGAUACCAUGUGCACGGCGUGCAGCCAAAUUCCCCUGCAGAAAUGGCCGGACUGCAGCCCUUCUUUGACUUCAUUCUGUCACUGGACAACAAAAGACUUAAUGAGGAAAAUGACCUGCUGAAGGAGACUCUGAAAGCCAACAUGGAGAGAGCAGUGAGGAUGGAGGUGUACAGCACUAAAACCACAAGGAUGCGUGAGCUGGAGGUGGUGCCCAGUACCAUGUGGGGAGGACAAGGCCUGCUAGGUGCCAGUGUUCGCUUCUGCAGCUACCAAGGAGCCAAUGAAAAUGUCUGGCACAUUCUGGAUGUGGAACCCAGUUCACCUGCUGCAUUGGCAGAGCUUCAGCCACACAGUGACUACAUUGUUGGAGCAGAUCAAGUGUUGCAAGAUUCAGAAGACUUCUUCUCGCUGGUUGAGGCCCAUGAAGGGAAGCCCUUGAAGCUAAUGGUGUACAACACACAAACAGACGCCUGCAGAGAGGUGGUGGUCACACCAAAUGGAGCGUGGGGCGGAGAGGGCAGUUUGGGUUGUGGAAUUGGUUAUGGCUACUUGCACCGAAUCCCAGUACAUCCUGAUGUAUCGACAGCUAAGCCUCCCAAUCCUGUUCCCGAGGAUGAACCCUCCCCAGAGCUGCCUACCCAUGGAUUUAUGGAGGCACCUUUGGUGGCACCUUCAAGUCAAAGUGAAGAUGUGUUAGACCUGGAGCAGGUCACCCUCCAGGAAGCUCCUCUACCUCCACCCGUCCAGCGGGUCAUGGACCCUGGUUUCUCAGACUCCGAAGGGGCAGUGAUGAACCCUGACCUUGCAGAUUUGGUAGACAGACUGGAUCUGUCCAUGUCGUCCAUCGACAUGACCAACACUGCACUGGCUAUGAACGAGGAGAAGUACGGGGAAAUCUCAGGUGUUGAGGAGCUGGAGGACAGUGGUCUACUUUCAUCGUCAGCAGACAGCCACAGUGAUCCACAAGAUCUGAGCUCCCAGGCAGCCAUGGACCUCACCUCUGCUCUCGCUUCCACUGACACUUUGUCUGAUUCAGGCGUCACACCAGCUGAACCAUUUCACCUGGUUACAGACCUACCUGGCUCUCUGUGUGAAUCUAGUGAUAGCCUGAGUUCCCCUAUGUGUGAAUUGUCUCUUCCCGUAGAGUCCCUAGAGUCUCCUGCUGAGCCCUCUGUCCCAGCUGAAGUUCCUUCCUGCCCAUCUCCUGUCGAUCUCCUCCAGUCCUCUGCCGAUUCUCCUGCUCAGGCCAUCGUGGAUGCAACAGGGCCAGCGGAGGAGCCUGCGGAGCCUCCAAAUAUGGCUCCCGCUCACCACUGCAGCCAUGAGAGUGAUGGAAAGGAGCCAGAAGAAGAGCGGCGUCUUGAGUAAGCUUGUAUCAGGCCGUACAAAAAUGCAAAGUGAGGUUGACAAUCACUUUUUUAAAGAAACACUAUAGGAACUACAUGACAGACAGAGGGAAAAGCUGUCUGAUUCGAUACUGAUAGUCUUACGAGAAGCUUAUGGCUCCUUCAUCCGUUUAGUUACACUACAGAAUCCAGCUAAAGCAUUAGCAUAAAGUAGAAAAAUACUCAGACACUGUAGGACCAUCCUAUUUGUUUUAAAUGUGUGGGAAUUGAAAGUUACUGCUAAUUUGUACACCAAGGUUACAAUAUCAACACUUUUCCAUGCUUGGUGCAAAAUUAGAUUAUACGGGUGACAAGACUUUGCUUCUAGUACACUAAUGUGAUAAAUACUUGAACACUUCCAAAGACAAACGCGUACAUUUACUACAGCAAAGUUCAGCUGCACCUUAAUAGCCAUUAUAUUAUCCAAGUUUUAGAAGCUACCAGACUGUUGGCCCUUCAUAGGAGUUGUCACAGUGCUGCAUCUGCUAUGUUUCAAAUAACAAAUGAUUCCCAAAAUAGAACUUUGAAAAAUAACUUACUUAUGAUUAUGAGAAGGACACUUUUACAGUAGUUUAUGGCCAAUGUAUUGAAUUUUUUAAGUGUUGGUAUAAGGAAAGAUUUGUGCACUUGUGUGUGUGUACUGCGUAAAACCAGUUCCGUACUGGUUUUACCCCAAAUUUGAUGAGGUCAAUAUGUUUUACACAUUAUCUUUUAAGCCGGGUUUCGACACAAGGAUCUGUGGUCUUUUUAAGUCCCUCACCUUGAGAAUGAAACAAGUGUAUUUCUACAAGAUCAUCAAGUCAUGUUUUUUUAUUUGUGCUUUAGAAAGCAACCGCUGUAAAGCAAUCAGCAAAAAAAAAAUUUAUUUCACAGCUCUGUCCUUCUCUGUUACCUUCGUUCACCUGAGACACAGCCAGCGUCUCUGCAGCCAAUGCAGUUCAGUGUGGCGCUGGCUCACAACCUCUCAUUUUCUCUUUAAAAAAUGACUUGAAGCCUAAAUUAAAUUUACUUUUAAUGUUAUCAAACAAAGUGAAACAUUCUCCCCUCUGUACUUUCUUCUUUUGUGAAUGAAGCGGUCAGUGAGUUGAAGCAGCCAUGCUGUGUGUAUUUGACUAAUCAGCAACAGUCAUCCCUGCAAACCCUACCCCAAACGUCCUGUACUUUCAGAAAACAGUUCCUACUGAUCAGGGACUUUUUGGGGAGUAAAAGAGCCCAAACAAAUGUCACAGUACUAAAUGCAGAUCCUGGUCCCUGAGGUCAAGCGCAACCAGUUCCUCAGAAAGGAUCCUAGUUCUGAGGGAAAGUCCCUGUGGUCGAAACUCUUUUUAUUUGACUUAUUCAGACAUGCAGUAUUUGAAAACUAUUUUUACUGUUUGUAUUGCUGGAAUUAUGUCCCCCUUGUUUAAUUCAACACUAUUUUUACUUUGUAAUCUAUGCAACAAUAGACAAGUACUGCCUUUGAGUACAGGUAAGGUUUAAAUUCAAUAGAUGACAUUUUAUAUACAGUAUGUUAGAAGUCUGGUAAGAGUGAUGCUGCUGUUAAGUAUUUGUUUUUCAUCUUUCUAGGGGGCUUCUUAAAGUUUUUCAUUGUCAAAGUAGGUGCAGUGUAAAAUAAGGAAUAGUAUUUUUGCAGAUAUUUUAUCAAUUGUAUGUUUUAUUAGGAAUGAGUGCAGUAUUUGUUGAUGAAUGUGAAAUGGGUGAAUCUUUGAUGGUUAAACAAUCAUAUCACUUAAAAAGAAAUUGUCCCUUGUUUUUCACAGUCAUCAGCUGAGCACAUUACAUCUCAAGAAACAUCCAUUUAUAAUUCACAUAUGUCUGUCAAUGUAAAACCAUUCCAAUUUAUUUCUUUGAAUGCCUAAAAUAUACAUAUUUCACAAAUUAAUA